CAACAAAUGUUGCAUUCGUUUGAUUUACAAUGGAUUCCAAAGUAUUAUCGUCAUUCCUUUUUUUUAGUGUGAUCGUGCGGGUUGUGAUUAAUGCUGAGCCAUUUCAACAAAUGCGAGUGGUUUUGGAAAAUGGAAUGUCAAAUGAUUUUCAUGGGGAUAUAGCACCUUUUAAAAAAAUCCUUGAGAAAUACUAUUAUAUCGAGCGGAACAUCAAAGUUGAUUGGUAUACAGCUUUGCACAAAUGCCGUGAGUUGGGCGGCAAUUUGGUGAAUUUUCAGAGCGAUAAGGAAUAUGAUGCGGUGCUACGCGAAUUAAAUGUGAGAGAGUUCUAUUGGAUCGAUCUUAACGAUCUCGGUGAACAAUUAAAAUUCCACUCCAUGACAACUGGACUUCCGAUCAGCUUUAAUAGAUGGGGCAGCGUGGAACCGAAUAAUAUGGGAACAAAUGAGCGUUGUGUACAAUUAAGAAAGAAUCAAAGUGAAACGUUAAUCAUGAAUGACAUUCAAUGUGAUCGAUUGUGUUCCUUUAUUUGCCAGACCAAGUUACCACUGCAAACUAAUUUUGUGGUCUGGUUAAACUAAGAAUAUAUAAAUAUAUUUUACUCUUUUUACUAAUCGAAAGCCUCUGAUUCAUUUAAGUUAAAGGCAGUAAAGAGAAUAGAAUAAAAUACAAUAAUUUUACAAUUUUGCAUUAACAUAAUAUUAAUUUAUAUUUAACUUUAAAAUUAAAGUGGAGCCAUUAUAAAUAUGGCCAAAUACUUUAACGUUGAUUAUUAAUUAUGAAUUUAGUUCAAAUCGACCUCAUUUUUCUGAAACAUUAAUUCUUUGUAUCCAGAAUUCUAUAUUAUAAUCAAUAUUUGAUAGAGUUCCAUAAAAAAUUCUAUAUUCUGUAUACUUGACCUAAGUAUCUGCGGUUGAAGUUGAAAGACUAAAAAGAAUAAAACUUAUAAACAUUGCCUUUUAUUUAAAAGUUGAGGGAAUCAAAUCAUAGUAAAAUUAGUAAUAAUACUUGUAGGCUCUGCCUGUGUAUAAGAUACGACUGCAAAUUAAUUUUGUUGA